GAAAAACGAACACGUCCUGGUCCGAACGGACAACAUGACGGUAGUGUCGUAUAUAAAUCGCCAGGGUGGACUCAGGUCGAGCUCCCUGCACUCUAUGGCCAGGGAGCUCACCUUAUGGUCACAGCACAACCUGCGCUCGCUGAGAGAAGCGCAUGUGCCAGGCAUCGUGAACCAGGGAGCGGACAUGCUGUCCAGAGACAAGGUUCUCCCAGGAGAAUGGUCUCUCCACCCCCUGACGGUCCAGUGGUUAUGGCAAACCUUGGGCGAAGCAGAGGUCGACCUCUUAGCCUCCAGGGAAAAUGCGCACUGCCCUCUUUUCUUCUCAAAGAGCACGGACGCUUCGCCCAAGUCUGGCCGAGCCGCCCCUUGUAUGCUUUUCCCCCGAUCGCGAUGCUACCUCAGGUCAUCAGUCGGAUCAGGGAGGUGAAAUGUGCAGUGCUCCUGGUAGCCCCACUCUGGAAGAACCAGACGUGUUUUCCAGAACAGAUGCAGAUGAUGCAAUCUGCCCCAUGGCCAAUUCCGUUGAGGCUGGACCUCCUCAGGCAGGCCAACGGGAUGAUUCUUCAUCCCCGCCCCGAUCUGUGGGCCCUUCAUGCAUGGCCUCUCAACGGGUUCCAGAGAACCUCCCCAGCGGAGUGUUGAGAACCAUCACUGAGGCGCGAGCACCCUCUACGAGGCGCUUAUAUGCCCAAAAGUGGAAAGUGUUCAGUGACUGGUGUGAUACCAAGAGCUUGAACCCCAAAUCAUGCGAGAUACCAAGUGUACUCGCCUUUUUGCAAGAGCUGCUGGAGGCGGGCCGCACACCCUCCACGCUCAAAGUCUAUGUGGCUGCCAUAGCGGCGUCACACAAUCCUGAUAAAGGACGCUCAUUAGGGAAAAACAACCUAAUCAUUCAUUUCCUAAGAGGCGCUAGGAGGAUGAACCCUCCUCGCCCCCCCUCGGUACCGAUCUGGGACCUGGCCACGGUCCUGGACGCACUCAAGAGUGCCCCGUUCAAACCUCUCCGAACCGUGCACCUUGUGUCUGGUUGGGGUAUAUCCGUAUAG